UCAUACCUUUUUAAUCCAAUAUCUCUCUUCAAUCCAAUCCAAGGUUCUUCAAUCAAUGCCAUCGAUCUUCAUUUCAUCUCUUCAAUCCAUCUCUCUUUAAUCCACAACACUGUUCAGUGUUCAAUCCAGCUCUUUUUAAUCCACAACACUGUUCAAUCCAUCUCUCUUUAGUCCACAACACUGUUCAAUCCAUCUUUAUUUAAUCCACAACACUGUUCAAUCCAUCUCUCUUUAAUCCACGACACUGUUCAAUCCAUCUCUCUAUUUAAUCCACAACACUCUUCGAUCCAUCUCUCUUUAAUCCACAACACUGUACAAUCCAUCUCUCUAAUCCACAACACUGUUCAAUCCAUCUCUCUAAUCCACGACCACGACACUGUUCAAUCCAUCUCUCUCAAUUAAUCCACAACACUGUUCAAUCCAUCUCUCUUUAAUCCACAACACUGUUUAAUCCAUCUCUCUAAUCCACAACACUGUUCAAUCCAUCUCUCUAAUCCACAACACUGUUCAAUCCAUCUCUCUGCAUUUACGUUCCACACAAAUCGUUUUAGAUCAUUCGAAAAUCGAAAUCCUUUUUCCGUUAAUCUUCAGUUUAAAUACAUAUGACUUCACAUUUAACCGGUGAAUUUAGAACAGGUACACAGUGACGUCACUGUCAGUUAUGACGUCAUUUAAGCGUAAACUCCCGGCUUAAACUGCGCCUGCGCAGACUGGACCCAUGCCGUGACAAACUCCGCACCCAAGUUCUAACAGCCAACUCUGAAAUUGAGGAAUGUGUUAUGUGUACACACGCCAAUACCGAAAGAAUGAGUUUGAAGCGUAAGGCGGAGUCUAGUAAGAGUGGCGGAGAGAAUCUAAACUCUGAUUUUAGCUCCGCCCUGCUUGAGCUGGCGGAGUGGGAGAAGAAUGUAAACCGGAACCAGUUCAAAUCGGCGGCGUAUAGAAAGGCUGCUACGGUUGUAUCUGGUCUUGAUUACAGGUUGACAUCCGGAGCUGACGCUGCUAAACUCCCAGGGAUCGGUAAGAAGAUUGCUGAGAAGAUUGACGAAAUGAUCGACACUGGGAAGCUGCGAAAACUUGAGAAUAUCAGAGAAGAUGAUUCGACCGUAGCGAUUAAUUUACUGACCAGAGUUUCAGGAAUAGGUCCCGCAAAAGCUCGAGAAUUAUUUGACGCUGGAAUAACAAACCUAGAGCAGCUUAAAAAGCAGCAUAUCAAACUCAAUCACGCUCAAAAAAUAGGACUCAAACAUUUCGAAGAUUUCGAACUUCGAAUCCCACGAGCCGAGAUUACGAAAAUUUUUAAUGAAAUGGAGAAAAUCCUGAAAAAGUUGGACCAAGACUAUGUUGUAACGGUAUGUGGAAGCUAUAGAAGAGAGACGGCCACGUCCGGAGAUAUUGAUGUUUUGUUGACACACAAACAGUUUAAACAUGCAGACAAACAUCAUGGAAACCUUCUCCACAGGGUGGUGGACAGACUGGAAAAAGAGGGUCUAAUCACUGAAAGAAUAUCUGAAGGGGAAACAAAGUUCAUGGGUGUCUGUAAACUUAAACAGUAUGAUCACUAUAGGAGGUUAGAUAUACGUCUUCUACCCUUGAACCAGUACUACUGUGGGAUUCUAUAUUUCACCGGAAGUGAUGUAUUUAAUAAGAAAAUGCGAACCUGGGCGCUAUCUAAGGGGUUUACCUUGAACGAGUAUAGUCUCCGCCCCCUGGAGGAGGGCGUGGCUGGGGAGCCCCUCCCUGUCUCCUCAGAGCAGGACAUUUUCGAGUAUCUAGAUUAUCCCUACAAGGAGCCAAAGGACCGAGCCUAAUAUUAAAAACAGGAUUUAAUCAAAUAAUAUUUAUCAAUUUUGAAGUUGGGAUGUAUAAUUUUCCUAAAAACUAAAACCCUGUAUCCUUUAAAAUCCUUUCCUUCACUAUACAAGGAAAUCUACAUUUAAAAAAAUAUAUUGGGGCAACACAGAAUAAAUGAUUUCAGCGAUCAAAAUUUCAGUGAAACUGCACUUUUGCUCAAAUAGCAUAGACCAAAAAUGUUUGUAAUAAGAUUGUUCUACCAAAUGUGUUAAUUUUUGUGCUUUAUUUAUUAAGAGAUUGUUAUGACAUUUAAAACGAGAUUUUAAAGAAUAUCUUCGUUAUUUUAUUUUUAAAAUCUUGACAAUAGAAAUCCUCAAAUUAUUUUUAGAAAUCCGCAAAAUUACUUUUAAAUCAAAAAUACGCAAAAUUUUUAUUCUUCAAAGAUUUCACCAUGGGUCGCACGAGAAGACGUCGUCCAGGUCUAAUUUCCAAUCUUAAGUCAUCCUCAGCCUCACUGUGAUAUGUGUUGUGUAUGUUUGUUAAUAUCCUUGUAUUAUUAAUUAUUUAUUAAAUUUUCAG